AUGGAGUAUCGUCUGGAGCAGCUCAACUCCGGCCCUGACGGAGCGCACAUUCUCGCCUCGUGGAUUGGCAUCCUCUUUUCGAUAUCCAUCAACGUCGACUCCAUGCCCAGCGACUCAAAAUUCGACACACCCUCACAACGAAUGUGCCGUCUCGUCCAACGACUGCAAUCCUCCGGCAUCUCCGACGACGAGUACGACAUUGUUUCACAAGACCUCUUCAACGACAUUGUCCUGGCUGGCGGCGACCUCAUCCGCCGUAUAAUCACAACCCACCGUACUAGCUUGGUAUCGCCGCGGCUCGCCGACCACCUCUUCCUCCCGAUCCCACUCCUCCGCAUGGUCGACUCAUCGCCAUCGCCGCCCUCCUCCUGCUCCCAGAACCAAGCCUGCUCCGGCUCUCUCCAGUACACACCCUGCGCCAACAAGUACUUCCCAGAGGAAAUCAAGCACGCCCACCCGGGCGCCGACAACCUUCCCUUCACCAUUCCCCCGGCGCUGCCCGCCUACCACAUCGGCCAGGUGACGGUCCUCGAGACGCUCGUGCACGACCCCCUCGUCGACCACGUCGCGUGUCGGGUGCUCGUCGACGGCGAGGAAAUGUUCUGCAAGGCCGAGCGCGGCGGCGUCGCGUUCGGCGACUCGGUCGUCGGGCGGGACCUGCGGACGAUGCUGGAGCUGCGCGCGGCCCUCGCCGACCUCGCGCAGGACGGCGCGCAGCAGCACCCUCCCCCGGCGCCGCUGCGUGUGCCGGGCCUGCGCGGCGUCCUGCACCACCCCAGGGAGGGCCACGUCGUCGGCUUCCUCCGCGACUGGGUGCCCGGCGCGAGCCUCAACUCGUAUGAGAUGGCGGACCUGCCGGUGGAGCUGCGCGAGGCGUGGGACCGCAAAGUCGCGGGGACGCUCGCCGAGCUGCACCAGCUCGGCGUCUACUGGGGCGCGGCGGAGAACGAGAGCGUCAUCAUCGACCCGCGCGGGGAGCCGUGGGUGGUCGACUUUGGCGCCAAGGUGAACCUGGGGCUGAAGCGCGAGGAGGACGACCGUGAGGAGGGCGACUGGCUGGACUACGACUUCAUCUACCACUAUCUCCGGACGAGGGAGGUGGUGGUGUCGUACGUAUCAGACGACGACUCGGACCAGUCGUGUUCUGAGAAUGACAUGCUGGCGGGAGAUGAAGAAGGGGGCGGAAAUGGGGACAGGGGCGAGUCUUGA